AUGCAGCCAUAUCCAUCUUACUCGAAGACCUUACUACCGGCACGGUCUCGAAGUUGGAGCCCGAACUAUUUGGAUCACAAGAUUCUUCAUGUUCAUCACGGCACCUAUCUCCUAUCCGAUAAGCAAGGAGACGAAGUUGGCCAGUUUGACCGAGGUCGCCUUAUUGAAUUGUUGAAGAUGUCCACAGAGGCUGGGCAGAAUAAGGAGAUGGCCACAGAAGUGAAGAUUGCCGUUGGUGCAAUGGAAUUCGCAAAUAAAGUCGCCAGAGAUGUCAUGACGAGAAUCGACGUGAGUGACUAGUC